AUCCUCGUUUCUUCUUUUUUCCUCUUCCUCUCUCUCUCUCUUCCUCUCUCUAAUUCUUCUCCCGGCGUGUUAAAAAUCUAAUAACAUUAAAAGCCAGGAGACUAUUUUCCCCCUGCAAGCCACACUGGCGAGUCGGCAAGAGCGAAACUCCACAUUUUGCCAUAUUUCGACGCCCUCGACUGUGAGCUGAACAGUGAUAGGAGUAAUGGAGCGCCAAUCUACUCAACUCAAGUAAUCGAGGAGACUCCGGCAGUGACAUCCUGUGGAGCCUGACAUCAAAGGUGAGGAGGCACUUUACUACUGCUGGAACUGGAGACUGCUUUCAAUAAGCAAGUCUUUGCAAAAGGUUUUUAAGUCAUGAUGCAAGACUCCACCACUGAAACGGUGAGCAAUGGACCAGCCAAUCAAAAUGGAGGUGCAAACAUGGAUGGCGUACUACAGGAGGGAACGCCUAAAAGUGCCACACCUUUGGUGGACGUGACGGCUGCAGACCUCCUGCAUCUCCAGCAGCACCAGGCCUUCCAAGUCGCUCGGCAGAUUCUCCUCCAGCAGCAGCAGUCUCAGGUGCAGCUGCAGACUCGACUGAACCCUGGGCGUAAAUCUCCCAAACUCAGUGACAAGCAGCAGAGCCAGCUACAGGUUCCAGUGUCAGUGGCUAUGAUGACACCUCAAGUGAUAACUCCACAGCAAAUGCAGCAGAUUCUUCAGCAGCAAGUCCUGAGCCCUCAGCAGCUCCAGGUCCUCCUCCAGCAGCAGCAGGCCCUCAUGCUACAGCAGCAGCAACUUCAAGAGUUUUACAAAAAGCAGCAGGAACAGCUCCAUCUCCAGCUCCUCCAGCAGCAGCAACAUGCAGGCAGUAAGCAGAGCAAAGAGCAGGUGUCACCGCAGCAGUUGGCCUUCCAGCAGCAGCUCCUACAGGUCCAGCAGGUUCAGCAGCAACAUCUCCUCAACCUUCAGAGACAAGGGCUGCUCACCAUCCAGCCAGGACAGACCAGCCUGCCGCUGCACUCGCUCACUCAGGGCAUGAUUCCAGCAGAGCUCCAGCAACUGUGGAAAGAGGUGACGAAUGCCCACGUAAAGGAGGAGCACAACAAUGGCAGCAGCAACAAUGGCCACCGGGGCCUCAACUUGUCUUCCUCGGCGGCACCAAAGAACCCGGUCCUCAACCAGCAUGCUGCCACCAACGGCCAGUACAUGAGUCACAAAAGAGAUGGGUCGGUGCUGGAGGAGCCAUCCGCCCACAGUCACCCUCUCUACGGCCAUGGCGUCUGCAAGUGGCCCGGGUGCGAGGCUGUUUUUGAUGAUUUCCAGUCAUUCCUCAAGCAUCUCAACAAUGAGCAUGCCCUGGACGACAGGAGCACGGCCCAGUGUCGGGUGCAGAUGCAGGUCGUCCAGCAACUCGAGCUCCAGCUAGCAAAGGACAAAGAGCGUCUGCAAGCCAUGAUGACGCAUCUUCAUGUCAAGUCCACAGAGCCCAAAGCCACCCUGCAGCCGCUCAACCUCGUGUCCAACGUCACAUUGUCCAAGUCAGCACCCGAGGCCUCUCCACCUCUGAGCCUCCCGCAGACCCCCACCACGCCCACAGCGCCCCUCACGCCCCUCUCCCAGACUCACUCCGUCAUCACAGCCAACAGCCUCCACAGUGUGGGGCCGAUGCGACGACGCUACUCAGAAAAGUACAACAUGCCCAUCUCCCCAGAUAUCAGUCAGAACAAGGAGUUUUACAUGAAUGCAGAUGUUAGGCCACCAUUCACCUAUGCCUCACUAAUAAGACAGGCAAUCCUUGAAUCUCCGGAAAAGCAGCUAACUCUAAACGAAAUCUACAACUGGUUCACGCGAAUGUUUGCAUAUUUUAGGCGCAACGCAGCAACAUGGAAGGGUGCCAUUCGCACCAACCUUUCCCUGCAUAAGUGUUUUGUGCGAGUAGAGGAUGAGUUUGGGUCCUUUUGGACCGUUGACGACAAGGAGUUUAAAAGCGGCCGACACGUUCAGCACGGCCGCCCUCGGAAAUGCGCCCCCGAUGAGAACUUUGAGGAGCUGCUUGUACAAAGUCCGGCCCUAGUGAAGAACAUUCAGACCAGCCUGGGCUACGGUCCAACUCUCUCUGCUGCCUUCCAGGCUUCAAUGGCAGAAAACAACAUACCUCUAUACACUACUGCUUCCAUUGGAAGUCCCACACUCAACUCCCUGGCCAACGCCAUCCGCGAGGAGAUGAAUGGAGCGAUGGACCAUGAAAACAGCAACGGGAGUGACAGCAGCCCAGGACGCUCGCCCCUGUCAGCUAUGCAUCACAUCAGCGUUAAGGAGGAACCACUGGACCCUGAAGACCACGACGGACCCCUCUCCCUGGUCACAAACGCCAAUCACAGUCCGGACUUCGACCACCACAGAGAUUACGAUGAUGACGUGGGCCAUAAUGACAUGCUGUAAGGCCAGGGACGGGUGCGGACCUUCUGGAAGACGGAAAUGCUGGACUUCAGUCUCUCAAGUGUCUCUCCAAGCAGACUGACGUUUUAGUGCCAUUACAAAACAUAGCAAGAAAGUAAAAAUGUGGGAAAAAUGGAGGGGGGUGUCUUUUGAGUUCAGAUUGCUUUCUACCUUUUGACUUCAGUAACCUCUUAAAAAGUGAAGACAAAUGUUGUGGAUGGAUCAGCUUGGUACCGGGGAGGGGGCGGGGACGAAAGUGUUUGAGGUCAAACCCUCGCUGGGCAGCCAUGACGGACUGCACUCAGCGGACUGCGAGAGGGUCUCUGUACUCCCCUCCUCCCACCACCACACUCUGCCACCCUACUCUCAGAAACACAUGUGACCAUAAACUGGAGAGAGAGGGAUAAAGACAAGACAUUUAUUUACACGGUGUAGGGGCGUGUGUGUGUGUGGGCGUGCACCCACACGUGCGUGUGUGUGUGUAUGUGUGAAGGAGAGCGAAUGAGUUCAUUGUCACUACCUUCAUCAUGUUUAAUUCCAUCAAAAAUGGGAGGGACCUUUUUCUUUCUUUGGGAGGUGGGAGGGUCCUUUGUUGGUUUUAAGAGGAAGGGUUCUAAAAUGUCAAUUUAUUCAAUGCUGUUUCACAUAUUGCAUCUUUAUUUGUGAUUAUUUUUUGAAACUGAUCAGACCUCAUGCCCGUGCUGUGGAGAUUCUGUGCGGUCGCCACUUGAUGAUGAAUGUUUUUAAUUUCCUCUCAUGCUGUUCUUUAAAAAAAGAAAAAAUCUACACACAUUAAGCAGAAUGGUAGAUACCAAGUAGUAUUUUUCUGUCAUUUAUUCCAGUUUCUUUCCAAACAACAUAAAAAAAGAAAAGAACAGAAGAAGAAAAGCUGCCCUCCUCUGCGUCUCUGUCCCUCCUGCUUGUGAAGUCCAUCAGCAAUGCACUACUCGUAAUGAAGGCUCUCUCCAUGCUUCAAUGAAGUUUAAUUUAAGAUGCGAAUGAAUGACAGAGAAAUCAUGCAGGUUAUGAUUUAUCCUUUUGAAAUUAUUCUUUAAAACUGCCCCUCAUAGCACAUUGUGCUGAGCUGCAACACAAUUUUUGAUCACUUACAAGGUGUCUUUUUUUCUUUUUCUCUUCUUUUUAAGCCAAAUGAAAAUGAUGAAAAUGUCAGGUGUGCACUGGCAAAGAUAAUGAUAUAGACCAACUAAUUGUGAUUUCUGAACACAGCCGCUGUUGUUAAUCAAAUGCGUCUGCUUCCCCCUGUGCAAGUGUUUCACGCGCCUGUUUCCCAUUGUUUUUACAUAUCACGUGCACGACUAGUCUCGAGCGUUAAUAAUACGCAACCUCAGAUGGAACACGGAGAGUAAUGAUCCCGACGUCGGUGAAUGUUUCACAUUCCAGCAUCUGACAGCAAAUAUAAAGCUGUACACCGAUGACUCUCUGUUCAGCCCCCAGAAAUGAGAAUUAGUGGAUUUGUGACACAGCAAAAAUAAAUUUCAUCCGUGUAAAUUAGACAUAUAGACAAAUUGUUAAUUUCAAGACUGCAAUGAACCACUUUAAAUCUUUUAUUUAUUCUUAGUUUUAGGUUUAUUUUGGGUCACCUCUGGCUUUUUUUGUGUCAGUGUGUUUUGAUAUCUUGUCAUGUGACUACCAAAGAUAAACUACAAAGUAAAUGUUGUGUGUUCCAUGUAGGCAUGGGCAGGUUGCUGGUUUCAACAUAUACUGAGGUUUUUAAAAGCAAAUUAUGUUUCCGUCUUAACAUUCAAAUGGUGUAAAGUUCUUUUAAUGAAAUACAGAACAAAGGUGAUGUCGCGCAAAAGACAAAUUCAGCUAUUUGGAAAUAUUUGAUGUUGUAAAUAUUUUUAGUUUUCCAUUUUAAAUGACAGGCAAAAAAUGUAUGACAUUAGGCAUUUUUUAAGUUCCAGUAUAUGGUGGUAGCUUCACACCAUUAUAUCUCACACCAGCCCAUGCCUCGUUUGAUGCAAUAUCAAAUAAGGCCAAAUAUUCGCCAUUCAUUCUGCCAGCCUACGAAAUCAAAACAAAACACUUCUUAAAGUGAUGUUUUCACUCUUUUUUUAUUCUUAUUAGUUCAAACCAAAGGGGGUUGAUUCAAACAGGAGAGCUGCGGUAACGCUUUGCAGUCCAAAAGUGAAUGGGAGGAGCUGGUAGGCUUGACUACAUGAUGACCAAAACAGAGAAAUCUUUUGUCUUUGGAGCCAAUUAUGUGGGAACAAAAAGUAUUUUGGUCCAUGGAAAAACAAUGUGAACAAAUUCAUGUGCUUCAGCUGGACCAUACCAUGAUUCUCUUCUUUUAUUCUUUCCUAUGUUCGUAUCCUUUAAAAUGAUUGUAUAUCACUCACCUUUUUUAAAUUUUGUUUUGGAUUUUUUGGUCAAGACUUUAUGAUUGUGUUUAGUUUUUGUCAACUUACUGCUUUUUAUAUUAAAAAAAACACUCCUGUCAACUAAUAAGCUGGGUACAAGGUACUUUUAUGGCAGUUAUUGCUUUUUGUCCUCAUUAACUGAAAAAACCUGAAGAAAGUUGAUCUGUGGUUUUCCAGAAGACAUAUUUAAUAUCCAGGCAGCUGUGGGACGACCGGGUCGCUUCCAGCCGGGCUGGGAUCGUGAGAAUGGGGCCGAGCUGAUCCACAGAACCUCGGCCUUCGGACUCCAAGUUUGUUUGGUAUUCGUAACGAAGGGGGGAGGGGUAAAAGGAAGCACUGGUAGAUUAGAUCACUCUCAGCAUGUGUAGCUCAACAUUACUAAAGACAACAGCAUGAGAAAACAGUUAGGAUGCAUACCUCGGCUCAAACCUACAGGGAGCGAUUAGGUUUGGCGAGAAAAAUAAACAUUUUACUCAGCCUCGCUUAGCUGUGCGGCUUGCAUGUAUAGAGAAACGAAGUAAAAAGGACAGAAAUCAGAGCUUCUUUUUCUUUGAACUUUUUAAAACCAUGAUUUAAUGUGAAGUACAUCACCCAGCUGCGUGUGGCGGUGUCUCCCCUGUCCAGUGAUUUUUACUCUCUGGGCUGAUGGGUCUGUUUGAAGGGAGUUCAAAAUUCAAGUUUUGCUUUUCUCUCUCUGAGGUCACAUUCAUUCGUCUGCUUUUGCAUCAAGUACGAAAUAGAAAAAAGAAACUGCUGUAUGUGUCAGAAUAGGAGAUUGCUGCAAAUGUGUUAUGUAGUAAUCCUUGCUUUACAUCAAAAUGAAAGGGGAAAAAAAUCCUUGUGGGUGGGAAUGGGCCAGAUUUUGGAUUUUCAAAUUGUAUAUUGUAGAAAAACAGAUUUUUUUCUCUGUCACUGACCUGAGCAUUUUGUACAGUUUUCCUUUCCUGUUUGUGUUGAGCUGUUUUUUAUACUUCCUUUCAACGGUCCAACCACUGCCUUCUGUGGGCCGUAUGUUAGAGAAGGCGUGUUUCCGCUCCAAGGCGGAGGUACAUUGCAUGACUAAACCCAGGGUCACAGAGAUUUUGUGGGGAAGGUCAUAUCAUUACUAUUAAGGGUGCACUAUCUAAUGAUAUUUUCUAUGAAAUUAUUAGAAAAAAAAAAGUAAGAAAAAUAUGCAGUGCCAAGGUGUAAAAAAUAUUAACAACUUUUUUUUUUCAUGUUUCUUUUUCAGCCCCCACACAUCAAAUAUGUUUUCUCGCUCAUGUCAUGUUGAUUAAGCAAAUUUUUUUUCAUUCAAUUUCCCUAAUCUGGUCAUUGCCAGAGUCAAACUCCAAGCACAGCAGGCAUGUCACAGGAUUUACAAACGCCCUGCUAACAGUCCAUCCUCUAAAUAUCUCUCUCUCACACAUGCACACGCACACACACACCCCUACUAAAAAUGUCAUCACUUCAUCCUUCACCAACAUCCAACCUGCCAUCAUUCCGUCCCCCCACAUUUCUCCAGUUCUCACAUCACGCUUUUGUUUCUUUUAAGAAAGAGAAGCGCAGGAGCAAGGAGAGGCGGGGUUGUGAGCACUAACCCAGGAACUGUUGUGGUGUCCUCAUCCUGAAGAAGGUGUUCAGUUUCUAUUCUUGGUUUCUUUUUUUUUUUUUAGACAUUUUGUGUAGUUUUUCUUUUUUUCUUUUCCCCUCUCAUAUGCUUUUUUUAAACAGAGAAAUAUGAUUAUUCAUCACUUCCAUGAGUCUGUAAACUCAUCAUUCCUUGUCUGUUGGACGUAGGCCACUUUGUUGUAGUCAGUGGCAAUGACUGACGUGAGCAUUCUAAACAUGCAAUAAAAUGCUGGUUGUUGAAAUUA